CGAAGGUUUAGGAAGACAAGUCUUGUCGAGGUGAGUUGAACGCCCCUAUACCCAGGGUCUUGAAGAGAGGAAUGCGAACCCGAGAGUCUUCAUCUGCGCCUUACUCUCUGCGUUUUCUUUCCACCAUGCAUCGAUCGCUUCUUCGAUUCACGAAGAAGUUGCGCGGUGCAAAAUUGGCUGGAUGGAUGGCGGCGGGGGAGAUGAGUGAGAUAGAUGGAUGAUCUCGGGCUUCGCCUUCCCCUCCAUUCAAGGGCAGAGGGAAAUAAAUGCUUGAUGUUAUGGCGACAGUCAACUAAUGAUAAUCUUUGUGUGUAUUUCCAGACCUUCUUCACGAUGCAGAUCUUCGUCAAGACCCUCACGGGUAAGACCAUCACCCUUGAGGUGGAGUCUUCGGACACCAUCGACAAUGUCAAGUCCAAGAUCCAGGACAAGGAGGGUAUCCCCCCCGACCAGCAGCGUCUGAUCUUCGCUGGUAAGCAGCUCGAGGACGGCCGUACUCUUUCGGACUACAACAUCCAGAAGGAGUCCACCCUCCACCUGGUGCUGCGCCUGCGUGGUGGUGGUAAGAAGCGCAAGAAGAAGGUCUACACCACCCCCAAGAAGAUCAAGCACAAGCACAAGAAGACCAAGCUUGCCGUCCUCAAGUACUACAAGGUCGACGGUGAUGGCAAGAUCGAGCGUCUCCGCCGCGAGUGCCCCUCCCCCGAGUGCGGUGCUGGUAUCUUCAUGGCCGCUAUGCACAACCGCCAGUACUGCGGAAAGUGCCACCUCACCUACGUCUUCGACGAGUCCAAAUAAGCGGACUAUGUCGACCGUUCCACCUUUCCUUAUUUCCGGUAACGCUUAGUGCAGUCAUGGGCUAGGGCAUUGUUGGUUGUGAGUGUUGGGUGGGGUUGAGGUUCGGGGCGUGUGCGCUUGGAUCGCCCCAACAGUGACUUCGAAAUGAUAAAUGAAAAAAAUUCGAAACCACAUCCAUUUAAGAUCUCGGUUUUUCGUGUAGUAUAUCUGACCCCGUAAAGCAAGUACGCGUCUUAAGCAGAUAAACAUGUUCGCCGUAAUAUCAGAUCAUA